ACUACAUUUUGUAGGAUUUAAACAUUUUCUUGUGUUCUGUCAUAAACCAUGUAAAAUGCUUUCUCGCUUCAACAUUCAUCAGCCAUUAAAACGCUGGAAAUUUCGAUUCUUUUCGCGCUCAGUAGAAAACCCAGAUGCUAUUUUGGCGGGAUCAUGUUUGUCUUCCACUUGUUCAUCGCCAGAGCCAUCUCUGGUUCGCUCCGAUUAUUUGAAUAAACCUUCUGAUGAAGACCAGAUUUUUCCGUUGAACAAGAUUAUAGCAAGUUGUGUACGUUCAGGAGAUAUAGAUGGAGCUCUUAGAGUGUUUCAUGGGAUGGGAGCUAAGAACACAGUUACCUGGAAUUCUCUGCUCGUGGGGAUUUCUAAAGAUCCAAGCAGAAUGAUGGAAGCACACCAACUGUUCGAUGAAAUUCCUGAACCAGAUAAUUUCUCUUAUAACAUCAUGUUGUCUUGCUACGUUCGUAAUGGUAACUUCGAGAAGGCCCAGAGCUUCUUCGAUCGGAUGCCAUUCAAGGAUGCGGCGUCAUGGAACACAAUGAUCACAGGGUAUGCACGAAGAGGUGAAAUGGAGAAAGCACGGGUAUUGUUCUAUUCCAUGAUGGAGAAGAAUGAGGUUUCUUGGAAUGCCAUGAUCUCUGGAUAUAUCGAAUGCGGGGAUUUGGAAAAGGCAUCACAUUUGUUCAGAGGGGCUCCAUUUAGAGGCGUUGUGGCAUGGACGGCGAUGAUCACAGGGUACAUGAAAGCCAAGAAGGUUGAAUUAGCUAUGGCUAUGUUCAAAGACAUGACAGUGAAGAAAAAUCUUGUAACUUGGAAUGCUAUGAUCUCUGGUUAUGUUGAAAAUUCUCGGCCGGAAGAUGGGUUGAAGCUUUUCAGAGCAAUGCUUAAGGAAGGAAUUAGGCCUAACUCGUCUGGACUAAGCAGUGCAUUGCUCGGUUGCAGCGAAUUAUCAGCGUUACUGUUAGGGAGGCAAAUCCAUCAGAUAGUGUGUAAAUCUACGUUGUGUAAUGACAUAACUGCAUUGACGUCUCUGAUCAGUAUGUACUGCAAAUGUGGAGAACUUGGCGAUGCUUGGAAACUCUUUGAGGCGAUGAAGAAGAAAGAUGUUGUGGCGUGGAAUGCAAUGAUUUCCGGGUACGCUCAGCAUGGUAAUGCGGAAAAGGCUCUGUUUUUGUUCCGUGAGAUGAUAGAUAACAAGAUCAGGCCCGAUUGGAUAACGUUUGUUGCGGUUUUACUGGCCUGUAACCACGCUGGACUAGUGGAUAUAGGGAUGGCGUACUUCGAUUCAAUGGUGAGAGAUUACAGGGUAGAACCGCGGCCUGAUCAUUACACGUGUAUGGUUGAUCUUUUGGGUCGGGCUGGGAAGCUGGAGGAGGCAUUGAAACUGAUAAGAUCAAUGCCGUUUAGACCUCAUGCUGCAGUCUUUGGGACGCUCUUAGGGGCUUGUAGAGUGCACAAGAACUCGGAGUUGGCUGAAUUCGCAGCUGAGAAACUGCUUGAGCUAGACCCUCGAAAUGCAGCCGGGUAUGUGCAGCUUGCGAAUAUCUAUGCAUCGAAGAAUCGUUGGGAAGACGUUGCAAGGGUUCGCAAGAGAAUGAAAGAGAGCAAUGUUGUGAAGGUACCCGGAUACAGUUGGAUCGAGAUACGAAACAAGGUUCACCAUUUCAGAUCAAGUGAUCGGAUUCACCCGGAACUAGACUCAAUACACAAGAAACUGAAGGAGUUGGAGAAAAAGAUGAAACUAGCUGGAUACAAACCGGAGCUAGAGUUUGCUUUACACAAUGUAGAAGAAGAGCAAAAGGAAAAGCUAUUGUUAUGGCACAGCGAGAAGUUAGCUGUUGCAUUUGGUUGCAUAAAACUCCCUCAAGGUUCACCAAUACAAGUGUUCAAGAACUUGAGAAUCUGUGGUGACUGUCAUAAAGCAAUCAAAUUUAUCUCGGAGAUAGAGAAAAGAGAGAUCGUGUUGGCGUUAAAGAGAGAGAUGCGUAGAUCAGCGAGUGGUUCUAGAGUUUCUGAUCAUUUUCCGGCGAAGUCACCGCCUCGAUCUCAGAGUGUUACAGCUAUGGAAGAUGAUGUGGAGCUGCUUUUGCCUAGGUACGAUCCGAAUUCACAAGCGGGGAAGAGAGAGAAAUCAAGAUUCAGAUUUGCAGAAAACGUCAUCCAUUUGAUUCCUCUCAUUCUUCUUCUCUGUGUCAUUAUCCUCUGGCUCUUCUCUCAUUCAGGUUUCCGUGCCUCUCCUCUUGGUGUCCCCUCCAAAUGCUGGUGUGGAGAAGAGAUCACCACUUUCACAUCGAAAACAAAGGAAAAUCCAUACCGGAGAUUCUACCGGUGCGCGAUAGCAAUGAAGAGAGAAAAUGAAGAGCACUUGUUCAAGUGGGUUGAUGAAGCUCUCUUGGACGAAAUUAACAUGGUAAAUGAGAAGUGUAAGAGAGUUGCAGAGAAUCUUAGUGCUUUGAGAGUGAACGUGAUGGCCAAUAUGGAGCUCCAGAACAAAAACAUUAAGCAAAUUGAGGAAGAGCUGAUUAAGAAGAUGGAGGGUGAACUCUUGACCAUGAAGGAGAAUGUGGAGGAGCUAGGACAUGUUAUGGCUAAGUCAGCUUUGAAGACUGUAGGGAUUGCUGCUGUAAUUGUUACCUCAAUUGUAUGGCUUUGGGGAAGAGUGUAGGUGUUGAGGUUUUAGAGUGA